AUGCUGCAUGAAGCCAGUGAUUCUGGUGCAUUGCAAACGAAAAUCCGAUGUUUACAAAGCAUUUCGGGUGGAUAUUCUAACACAGAAUCCUUCGAUGGCGGAGGUGAUGCGAAGCAGAGGCUUCUUCCCGUUUUCCCGCAAGUUCGCUAUGUUAGCGAGAGGACGGUUGAAGUAUUCACUGCAAAUACAACUGGACGAAUCGAACUUCACAAUAUUUUACACCCAAAUAUGUCUCGGAAAUUGUUGUACAAAGUUCAGUCAUUGGACUUGACUGACGGUGAACCGCGUCAUAGAGUUACCUCCAGAGAUACAGUGGACCGCACACCGUUUUCCGUUCAUGGUACUUUUAGUGGUGCCAUCGGAAUAGCCAAGUCGAUUUGCACUCCUGAAUUAAAUAAAGUAUCUGUACUCAAAAUUUGGCAAGGAAAAGACCCAAUUGUGGUAUUGAGAGUUAACCAACUUGAUAAUGCAUUGUUAGCUGUUACGAAUUUUCAGUACCUGCCUGUAAGAAGCAGUUUGUUUGUAUUGGAUCUCAUAAGUCAAUGCAAAUUAACUGUUGAACCUCGUCGCGUAUUCAAGGCAACACAUCCUCAUAUUUUGGAUGUUUGUUGGCUUUGGGAUCAUCCAGCGCGUCUUUUGCUAUCUACGGUGGAUAGUAUAAGAUUGUUUGACAUUCGGUGUCCGAAUAGGACGGAACAGGCUUUGUUUCUUAAUCAUAGUGUUACUCACAUGGCAAGCAAUAGGUACAGGUAUAAAAGCUUGGUUGGUGCUUAUACACUUGAAAGUUAUGGAGAAAUGUUUGAUAAGUGCAAAGAAGACCCUGAGUCUCCGAUGCCAUUAUGUUGGAUGGCGCCGAUGGCGGAACAUGUGGUUAAUAAGGAAAAAGACAGCAAUUCAAUGGAUACGAUUUUCGUUCCUAGAUGCACUGUGGAUACAACAAGGCAGCAACCUAUUCUAGAAAAAGAGGGAACCUAUAAGUGCUCACUUUGUAUGGAGACUAGGCUCGAGAAAGAGUUUGAAAACAUCAGUGAGAAGCAUAAGGAUAGACUGUCAUUUGUAUUCCGGCAGCUUGGACUAGAUCAAAACAAUUUGAACCAGUUGUGCGAAUUGCAGAAGCAUGUGGAACUCGCUACAAAUGAUGACAUGGUUAGGUCGCUGCUUUUUGCUUCUGUUUAUCCUACUGGUGUUGGCAAUGGAAUGAGAGGAAACAAGGAAGAUAAUGAACACCGAAUACAAGGCCAAUGGAAGCUGCCUGGAUUUCAAAGAACUAAGGUGACGAUCUAUACCUACAAUGCACGUACACCUGCAUCCAAGUCCUCGAUAGAAGACUUGCUUAUGCAAGCAAGAAGGUUAAGGUACGACGUCAUCGGCUUGGCCGAGAUGAGAAGACGCCAGCCUUUCAACGCCGUCUAUGAGACCGGAGAAGAACUGUUGCUCGGAAUAUGCGACAGCAGAGGAAUAUGCGUUCUCGUUAACACGAUUUUCUUCAUGAACAUCGCUUCAUUCGAGCAAUUUACAACCCGGAUCGGACGUUUACGAUUAAGAAGACGUGGAUCAAUUCCGGUUUUAACAGUUUUCUUCGUUCACGCGCCGACAUCAAACUAUGACGAAGAAGAAGUCGAAGCGUUCUAUAUGGACUUGCAGAAGUUCUACAGAGAAGACCACACACUUUUCAAGCUUCCUUACAAUAUAACAUCAUUUGAUUUUGCACCGGUCGGAUACAGUGGAGUACUCUGCCUCAUGGAAGGAACGGCUACCCAUCCAAAAUUGGUUUUUGCUCCAUUUAUCGCACCUGAUGAAGGAUCUGCAGUUAGUUUUGAAUAUGCCAAAGUCUUGGAAAAAAUUCGAGUGUUGGAGUCGUCUGACUCUAUUCCUUUCCAUCUUUAUCAGACGAUGAAAUUGCGUUUGUACAAUGGUAUGGACAAAAUUGACAAUGACACUCCUUUACUAUAAGGAAAUGAUGUCAGCGAUAGCGUCGAAAUGGUUGCUGACGACGAUGAUAUAUUGAUACCUGAGAAGAGUGCAACAAGAUGUGAAGAACAUUGUCAUCUACUAUCAGUAAACGUGAAAGGUUUACCGGGUAUUCUACAGCUAAGUACGUUGGAAUCUGAAUCGGACGUUGUUUGGCACAAUUGUGAUUCGAAUCAUUUCACAUAUAUCAAGAUUGCUCGAUCGCCGAUUCGACGAUUGAUAUUAACACCAUUUCGUCUACCGAUAGAUGAAGAACGGGUAGUAUCCGAUGAGCGAUUUGCAGCCAGCACAGAUGUGUUGAAGCAAAUGCCGGUGAUAUUCCUUUGCCUUAUCAAUGGUGAUUCGAUGCGAUUCAUUGAGUAUACCUUAUUUAUCCGACGUAAAUUGGGUAAGCCAGUGUUCACAGAUAGUCCGUGUUCGUUCUUGAACGCGUUCUAUUUUUUCAGCACUGUCGUUUACAGAUAUGUAAAUAAAAUUUCGGGGGCAGCUAACAAGUCCUCUCCAAAAUACGUUGCUCGUCGCCUUCGUUUGGUCGACAAAAUCUAUGCCUUCAUAAAACAACAAGGCGGCUCUUCCUCAUUGAAUCCAUUCGUAAUUCCUAUGUUGCUAUUUUUACAUGGAGAGAUGACUUAUACACAUCCUGAAACGUUUACGAGAACUGUUCUGGAGAACGAGAGAAUGCCACUGAGUUUUCGAAUUGCAUGGUGUCUUAAUCUGCUGUCUUCGGCGAAGAUGAAAGAAGCCUUGCACUUUUUGUUCCAACAGAGUUCAGGCAUAAAUCGCUUGCAAUUUGUUGGUCUUGGCCGACAUCCAGACUCAUUAACCGUUCUAUCCGAGUUCGUUUUUACUUUUAACAUGUUUUAUGACACAUUUGUUUUAUUUCGCGAUAACUGUAGGCAUUUGUACGUUACUCAGGAUUGUCAAGUGUUCUCACAUUUAUUAGUUGCUGGCCGUUGUUUUGAAGAAGACGACGUCGUUCCCGAAUUGGCUGAUUUGGAGGGUUGCUCAGUGCUAAAUGUUUGUGAACGUAGUGUCAAAGAUAAACAUGCAGUCAGUGUUCCGUCUUUGGUUACCAUGUUCCCUACCAGUUAUCUUCACGCAAGCAAUGAUAUGUGCGAUUUGCUGCAUCUUGCUCGUGCAGAGCUCUAUCGCUAUUCCUUCAUACUGCAACGAAUGGAAAAAUAUUGCUUUCGACGGAAGCUUUUAAACCUUAUACCACAAAUUUAUUGGCCAGAUUUCAAGACAUCGGUUGAUAUCUCAUGUACAUUUUGUGGUUCGAGUUAUGAGGUAGCAUUACGCAACACAGAGUCAGUGAUAUCUGAUCACCUCUCUCAAGUGAAAUCUCGGAUUAGUGUGAACAAAACAGUCGGCAGUCGUCCUUCAAUCUCUAUGACAAGCACUUCUAAAUCACUGUCUUCGUCAUUAAUAGCGGCUUCGCCGGAUUCGGAUACAAGUGCAUCUGUGUCAGCUACGUCGGCAGCAGAAUCCCACUUAUGGGACUACAACGGUGUUGAUGGCGGAACUGAAGCAGAGAUCAAACGUCCUCCAGACAGUGCUUGCCCUCAGUGCCGGAAAUCCUACCCUCGUUGUUGUCUUUGCGGAUUGUCGUACGGUACACCUGUGAAUGACUACGACCAUCCAGCAGGACCAUUUGCAAUGAUGUUCUCCACCUGUUUGAUGUGUAGUCAUGGAGGGCAUACAAAACACGUUAUAUCAUGGUUUGAAAAAGAAGACGAGUGUCCGGUAAUGGGAUGUGAUUGCAGGUAA